CCAGCUGACAUGUGUUGGACAUCCAGCUCCUUGUCCUGCUCCAUGGUGUCGCAGAGGCCCCCGGGAUGUUUCAUCUGUAAGAAGUGGACUUCUUGUGCAAGUGAAGCUGGCUAGAGAACUUAGGGGAGGGCUGAAACUUGAGAAAAACAAUAACAAACCCCCAAGCUCAGGACCAGGGAGCCGGGCGGCCUGAGACAGGUCCCAGCAGCACCUUCUUCCUCGCUGGGGGCUCAGCACAGGACCACGGACCUGGGCUCUGUGACCCCCCACCUCUGGAGCCCCUGGGUGAGGGUGCACCUGUUAGUGGGCCCCUGCUGUAUACUCGGCGAGGCCCGAGCGUGAACUGGGCGGAGACGGACAGACCUCAGGCCCAGUCCUGACGGAGGCAAUAACAGUGCAGCCUUCAGCUGCAUCGUCGUGGGCCCAGCCACAAGUGGGGACUUGGCACUUGCCCUUCCUCGCCAGGAAUGUGCUGACCACUCAUAAACAGUGAUCACCUGAACAAAGGCCUCUGCACUGUCUUCCAGCCGCGGCUUAUCCUCCGUGCACAAGACAGUCGGGCCUGGCGCAGCGUGGGAGUAGGCCCCUGGGGACUGUCAUGUGGGCCAGCUGGUGGCUCUGGUCCCUGGUGGCCAUCUGCACCGCAGACAGGUUCCAGGAAGAGGCGAAGAAAAUCAUGCAGGCCACCCCUCUGAUUGACGGGCACAACGACCUGCCCUGGGUGAUGCUGGAGAGGUUCAACAACCAGCUCUGGAGGGAGGAGGCCGACCUGAACCACCUGGCCGACACCCACACCAACAUCCCCAAGCUGAAGGCUGGCUUUGUGGGGGGCCAGUUCUGGUCCGCGUAUGUGCCCUGUGACACCCAGAACAAAGACGCCGUGAGGCGGACACUGGAGCAGAUUGAUGUCAUCCACCGCAUGUGCCAGAAGUACCCUGAGACCUUCGUGUGCGUCACCAACAGCAAAGGCAUCCGACAGGCCUUCCAGGACGGGAAGGUGGCCAGUCUGGUUGGUGUGGAAGGCGGCCACUCCAUCGACAGCAGCCUGGGCGUCCUGCGGGCAUUCUACCACGUGGGGAUGCGGUACCUGACCCUCACACACAACUGCAACACGCCCUGGGCCGACAACUGGCUGGUGGACAAGGGGGACGACAAGGCCCAGAACCAAGGCCUGUCGCUCUUUGGGAAGAGCGUGGUGCAGGAGCUGAACCGGCUGGGUGUCCUCAUCGACCUGGCGCACACGUCCGUGGCCACCAUGAAGGCUGCUCUGAACCUGUCUGCGGCCCCGGUCAUCUUCAGCCACUCCUCCGCCUUCCAGCUGUGCCAGCACCGGCGGAACGUGCCAGAUGAUGUGCUGCAGCUGGUGAGGAAGAACGGCGGCCUGGUGAUGGUGAACUUCUACAACGACUAUGUCGCCUGCAAAAAGGAGGCCAACCUGUCCCAAGUAGCAGACCACCUGGACCACAUCAGGAAGGUGGCAGGGGCCGAAGCGGUGGGCUUCGGGGGGGACUUCGACGGUGUCUCAAGGGUCCCCACGGGGCUCGAGGACGUGUCCAAGUACCCAGACCUGGUCGCCGAGCUGCUCCGGAGACAGUGGACGGAGGAGGAGGUCAGGGGCGCCCUGGCCAACAACCUGCUGAGGGUGUUCGAGGCGGUGGAGCAGGCAAGCAACCACAGCCGCCCCCCGGGGGAGGCGCUCAUCCCGAGGGAGGAGCUGGAGGACUCCUGCAGGACCUACUACGGCUACUCGCAGGCCCCCAGCUUCCACCGCCAGUCGGGGGUCCUGCUGGCCGCCCUCACCCCUGCCCUCCUCAGCCUGCGACUUCUAUGACACCCUGGGCUCUGGAAGCUCAGGGGAAACUGGACCGUGGAGCACCCUGGGCUCCAGGCACACGGCUCCUCGCACAUGACUGGCCUGAGCGGGCACCUGGGCAGCAGGCUGCAGGGGUGGGGGCUCGGGACACGGGCCCACAGAAGACCCUCAAUAAAGGCACCCACCCCUUUGAGCCCUCGGGCUGUGUG